AAGCCCCCCGCCCUCCUCCCUGCAGGGCUGCAGUUGGCGCGAGAUGUGGUAGAGAAGGCGCCUGCAUAGAUUAGCGCGUGCCCAGUGCUUCCGAGGUCGAACACCGACGUCACUCCUGGGUGAUUUCCAUGUGAUGCGCGACGUUCUGUGAACACACCCCACAACAUGAAGGCGUCGACCAUGAACGACUCCAAAGAGGCGCAUGGCGAGGAACGGUCGCUGGUCCAGACGGCUACAGACGCGCUCCUCUUCCCUGUCCGCGUUGCAACCUCUCCGCCGCUUCUCCGGACAUACCUGCGCACGCUCCUACUCCUCAUAACCUCAACCGUUCUCUUCGCCUUUGCCGUCAUCGCAUACACGUCCUUCUACUACUCGUACAUCCCCAUCCGCGGCAUCUCAGUGCCCGUGUACCUCCAAUUCGACCACGGGGCCGCGCCCAGCAUUCUAGAUCUCAAUUCUGAGCGACCCUUCAGCCAGAAGUCGCAGAAAUGGCCGCACGCCAUAGCAAAUGUACAAGGCCUCGUGACCCGGCAAAAGUACGACGUCAGCGUCGAAAUAAGCGUCCCCCGGAGCCGCACCAAUCUGCGGGCAGGCAACUGGAUGCUCGACCUGACUCUGCGCGCGCCGUCGGCGUCCUCAAACACAAUCAAGAACAUGCUCGGCUGGGACGACGAUAGCACACCCGCCACCAACGCAGACAGCGCGCCAGCAACACAAGUCCUCGCCCACUCCCGCCGUCCCGCCAUCCUUACCUACCGCUCCUGGCCAACCGAGCAUCUACACCGCCUCCUCCGGCUGCCGCUGUACCUGACGGGCUUCGGCACUGAGAGCGAAACAAUGCACAUCAGCAUGCUGGAGUCUAGGUACUUCCCCACGGCCGUGCCGUCGUCGCUGCGCCUGGAGCUGCGCAGCAGGACGCCGCUGGAAGUGUACGGGGUGAAAGUGCACAUCAGCGCGAAACUGGAAGGGUUGCGGUGGGUCAUGUACACGCACCGCAUCGGGAGCGCAGUACUCUUCGUCGGCUUGUUCUGGGGCACGGAGAUGGGCGUGCUCCUGCUGAGCUGGGGGCUGGCGACGAUGCUGUUCCGCUCCCCUCCCGCGCGCAGUCACGAUGAAGACGAUGAUGCGCAGGGCCGAGACGCCAUCAAGAAGGAAGCAGAUGACCCUCAGUGGAGCGACAAGGAGCGCACGUUCCCCACGCUUUCGAGCCAGCCGCCGCUUCGUUACCGGUCUCCGGAGACCAAGACGGAGAAAGAGGAGUAUGGGCGCAGGCUGGAGGAUAUUCCGCUCCAAGAAGACGCAGAGGCGGACGACGAGGAUGACGACUUUGUGCUCGACGCGCCGGGACCAAGGACGCUCGACGCGCAGGCCGUGUUCACGGAUAGCGGGUUGGGCACGGGAAUGGACAGUGAGCGCGACCGAGAGCGCGAGCGCAUCAGGCGGCGGGCGAGCGGGAGGAGUGCACGCGUUAAAGACGAGGGUCGCUAGGAGACAUGUGCUUGUCAGCGUCGGGCUCGACGUGUGCCGUGCGUGCGAGACAAGUCGAGGGCCUGCGUCCGCGGCUCACCGUGUGAGGGGAUGAGUGUAUCCAUAGCAUAGCGUCGUAUCGCUGAAUAAUACAUGUACAAAGCCAGACGCCCAAUGCA